CAAAGUCUGCGCUGGGCAGAUUUAGCCCUUCCACUUUGUCAUGAACCUGUUCACCCAUCCCCCUCCCUCCUGUUGAUGAUUUUCACAGCUCCCUUUUUAGUUUGCUGCCCAUUUUCUCGUGAAGUAGUUCAACCAACGGACAAAAUCACACACAUUGGAGGCAAGAGCUAUAGGCCAGAGAAUGCGAGAGCUAGAGUUCAGCCAGGAGCCCAAGCUUCCCCCUAAACUGCUCUGAGGAUUACUGGAGGGAGGCCCAAGCUGCAGGAACCCAGUAGGCAUUGUGAAGGCGCACUUUCCCAAAAGUCCAAGAGGGGAACCAUUUGAUUUGUUUGGAGCCUUGUCAACACCCAGCCAUCUGACACCGCGGGCACAAUUUUUGUGAACCAAGCGAUCCUCAGGGGAAAGAUCUAAAAGAGAAAGUCACUUGCUCUGGUGGCAGAGAAAUCGUCCUGGAAAAAAAUAAAUAACCCAACCUGGAAACGCCUAGGAAAAUGGGAGAUAGCCCUAGACUUACCACUGUAGAGAAAACAGAACUAUCAUCUGAGAAUGUGUAUGAAAAACACGAAGAAGAUGUACAUCUCUUUUGCAAGGAGGAUCAAAUCCCACUGUGUGAAGUAUGUGGAGAAUCCAAGAUUCACGAAUCACAUACUCUGAUUCCCAGGGAACAGACAGCAAGUACGAAAAAGCAGGAGACUGGAAGCUCACUGAGUGGGAGGAAAGAAGAUUCACACACAUCCGCUUCUGGAAAUUCAGAUGUAACAUCUGGCUCCAAAGGUAAAGGAGAUACACUCAGUGGGAAUGAGAAGGACCAUACAGAUGAGCUGGUGCUGAUUGAGCAGUGGGUUGACUUCAACUUCAACGAUAGCAAGGAAGAAGGCACUCAGUCAAACUCAAGGAUCCAGAACUCGAUCACAUGGAUUGUUCUGAUACUGUUCACUAUCCAGAUCGUGGGCUUGGUAACGACUAUCUUCGUUUUUACAAUGGCUAAACCCAAUUUGCCGUCCUCCCACACUGCUGCCCCUUGUUGCCCACAUGGCUGGAUCAUGACCCAAGGGAGCUGCUAUCACUUCUUGGAUAUGGAAGGGGCCUGGGGCGCUGGCCAGCAGCACUGUUCCUCUCUUGGGGCCUCCUUGGCCGUGAUUGAUAACUUAGAGAAACUGAAUGCUUCAGUGCAUCACAAAGGACCCUUCAACCACUGGGUGGGUCUCCUCAGAGAACCAGGAGAGAUCUGGAAGUGGCCUGAUGGCACUGUGUUCAACAACCACUUUGAAGUGGAAGGAGAAGGGCAGUGUGCUUAUCUAAACAACGGAUUUGUGAGCAGCACUGACUGUUCCGUUGAGAAGAAAUGGCUGUGCAGCCAUAAAGCAAGACAAGAGGGGAGCCCCGGCCGCUGCAAGGGCACGUGAAAACUUAAGGACUGAUCUUGUAUCAAAAGAGCUACCAGUGCUUUCCCAUGUUGUGAGCUGCCACCUGCUUGUGUGUGUGGUGGUGUGUCAAUUAACCACCAGUGUCUAAGGGUGGCAUACCUUUGCCAGAGACUUAGGUGAUUUGGGAAUCCAUGUAGCCAAGCUUUCUUAUAGUAUGAUUUCCAGAGCCAGUAGAUUGGAAAUCAGGCAUAAGGUAACACCAGAGAGCCACCCUUAAAUGAUUUUUGUUCACGUCGUCUUGUUAUUAUAGUGCAAAUUUUUGGGCAGAGUUGCCGAUACCUGCUGACUGGUUGAAAGUUGUCCCGUGAUGAUUAAAUUAAGUCAGCUGCCUCAGCUUUCCUUUGGGGUUGGGAAAAAGAUGCAAGUUCUGGGCCAUCUUCUGGGCAUGGCGUAAGGGUCACUGGGUGUAUGAGGGGGGGAGGUAUUUGUGAAUUUCCUGCAUUGUGCAGGGGGUUGCACUAGAUGACCCUAGAGAUACCUCCCAAACCUACAAUUCUACGAUUCUAAGUUUUGCACCCCAGAAUUGUGAAAAGUCCCUGAGAACAUAAACCUAAAAUGUAAUAGAAAGACUCAAAAUCAUAUGGCAACUGAAACAAGCCUAUCAUUUAUAACACUUCAUGAUUCAGACUCAUGAUAUUUGAGGGCUGCUGGUUGUUCAGGGCCAAAUCUAAGGGGUUUGACUUUUGUCAUGAGGUCUCUGAAUUUCUUAAAGGUUCAGGUAUAUUGGUAGCAUACUGAGGUGGAAGGCAGAUAGCAACAUCUCCCACUCAAAGGGGGUGGGGUGGGGGGUAAAACUGUGGGCUAAGUCUUACAGUAGUUGUUAGUCCUUAUCUAAACUGAAUUGUGAGUAGCAAUUGAGCUUUUCAGAGAAUGGCAGGAUAAAAAUCCAAUAAAUACAAAUAUAUAACUCGUGUCCUGUGAUGAACUUCAGAGGGUGCCUUCUGCUGUGUCAAUUGGUCAUUCUAACCUAGGGAUUAGAAGAAAAAUGGGGAGGGGAAUGGAAGGGGAAUUAUUCACUAUCUCAAGAUGCUGAUAUCACUACUGGCCAUGCCAGAAGGGACACCAGCGUACCAACAACAACAUCAUUAUGUCGCUAGCAAGGUUUGCUUGCCAAUCCUGAAUACAACCCAGAAGUAACAAAGGGUAGCUGUAGAAAUCUCCAGAAAUUCUAUGAUAAACUCUAUAGCUACCCACUGCCACUUCCGAGCUGUACCUGGAAGUGACAUUCCAGUGUGGAGGAGGUGGUGGAGGAGCAUAAAACUGCACUUAUAUAUCGCUCUUCUAGACAGAUUAGUGCCUCACCCAGAGCGGUGAAAAGUUAAGUGUUAUUAUUAUCCUCACAAUACAGCUGGGGAGCUGGGGAUGAGAGGAGUGGCUUACCCAUGGCAGUAGUGGGAUUCGAACCAGUAGAGUGCUGAUUCACAGCCAAACCACUUAACCAUUGUGCUACAGAUGCCAGCAUUGGAGCAGCAGUGGGCAACAGAGGUAAUUAGGGGAGGACUCCCAGCAUAGCAACAAGCCUGGGAACCUUAUUCUUCCAGGGGCCAGCCUCACACUGCCAACCCUAUAGGGUUGCCAGCCUCCAGGUAGUGGCUGGAGAUCUCCUGGAAUUACAACUGGUCUCCAGGCCACAGAGAUCAGUUCACCUGGAGAAAAUGGCUACUUUGGUGGGUGGACUUAUGGAAUUAUGCCAUGCCAAGGUCCUUUCGCUCCCCAAACCCCACUUUCUCCAGGUUUCUCCAGGUUUCACCCCCCAGAUCGACAGAAAUUUCCCAGCUUGGAGCUGGCAACCCUACAACCCUACCAGAGAUCUCCAGCUAUGUAAAGUUUGUAAGCAUUUUUGGAAUUAUGACAGCAAGUAAUGGAAAACUCCACAAAAUAGCUGCCAUGAGGGUAGAGCCGAUCACAAAACAUUGGAGGUUUCCAAGCCAAGCAUCUAAUUAGGAAGGCAACUGUUUCUGAAUGGGCACUCUCGUGGACAGCAUGGUAUCCAGAGGAACCAUAUUGGAAAUUACUGAUCUAGCCCGCAGUUGCCCACUAACAUGAGCUGCCUAUGAACCUUCCAUUGAAGAUGUCAGAGACUGAGUCUAAGAGUUGAACCACACGAUACGAAUUACACAAGACUGAGCGAGUGUCAGGAGUCCUGUCUUACCCCAAAUGCCCAUGUCCAGCAUUCUAUCGAUGAGCAUGUGUCCUGGUCCAGGCACGCAUUCAAAAUUUUCUGCUCCAGUGUAGCUGCAAUGGCGCAUGUACGCGGUCACGAUCAGUAAGUCAGCAAUGCAGAGUGUCCUUAUUUCCUAUAUCUUCCGCUUCCUAUCUGUGCAAAGUGGAGAUGCAUGAUGGGAUAUCUUGGAGGUACGCGGAGAAAACCCAUGCCACCGCGAACACGGGUUCGAUGGAGGUCCUGCAGUCCUGGCGCGUGUAGCUGAAAACAACGUUGGAACACGUGUAAGUAAGUUUUUGUGUCAUUCGCGUGUAAUUCGUAUCAUGUGGUUCAGCUCUAAGAGCCAAACUACAAGUGACAAAUGACACAGGUUGGACACUUGUCAGCUUCCCUCAAGUUUUGAUGGGAAAUGUAGGCAGCUUGGCGGAAUGUUAGACAAGUGACAGUUGAAAAGUCCAUUGGACAGCAGUUGGAGAGCCAAGCUGCAAGACCAGGAUGCCUACAUUUCCCAUCAAAACUUGAGGGAAGCUGACAAGUGUCUAACUUGUAUCAUUCGUCACUUGUAGCUUGGCCCUGAGACUUUCCACAUGCAAUGCACAUGCUUUCCUACUAAGCCACCAAUCCUCCGCAUUUUGCUUCAAAAGCUGCAUCCAGCCAACUCAAAAGGACAAUGUCAUGAUGAUGCAAAAACUGUCCUGCAUGUGACAAUAUUAACCUCAAGGCAAAUCUUUCUUGUGAAUAUCCCCUGAAUGCUGGCAGCUGAGAUUGUCCAUUUCUGGAUCCGUGUGCCCCUUGCCAUUGCAGGAUAGCUUGUCUUCAUAUAGGUCUUAGAAAUGUCGUAGAGAAUUAAAAUUCUGCAGUUGAAGUUUUCUAGAAAAUUUCUCCUGUUCACCCUCAUUAUGAAAUGUUGAUUUGGAAAAUGCUUACUCUGUGCUACAAAGAUUUUCAGAGCCCUGUGGGAAAGGGAGUCAAUGUGACCUAGCAUAAGUAGAGGCGAUCUGCUAUCAGUCAAUUUGGGGAAGACGGGGUUUUUCUGUGACAUGUUUAUUGCUUCAUAACCUUUAUUCUAGCAGAGGGUACAUUUCCUAGAAGCAAGGCCUUGCUUGAGCCAUGCUGGCAACUCAUGUUCCCUAUCAUAUUCAUGCAGGGGGACAUAGCUGGCAUACUGCUCACAGAUAUGAUAUCAGUUACGCAAACGAAUAUAAUGUCACAGUGCCGUGGAGCAGCUAGCGAAGGGUUGCUCUCAGCCAAGAAGAGAGCUAAUCAUGGGGCAAUUCUCCCACCUCCAAACACUCAAAAACAAAAUGUUCACUUUUAAUCAAAUAUUCAGAAGUGCUCUAAAUUGUAUCACAAAUGUUUUACUCAGAAUGCUGCUUUCCCCGCAGCCGCUUCUGUCUCCCAUUCACCAUACACCAAAUCCACUUGAUUUUUUUAAAAAAGAAACCCCCCCAAAAAUGCUUUCCUUUCUUGUCUUGAGCCUUUUUGAACUCCCACCACCAAACAGGUAUUGGCAAGGGCUGUUGGACCCCAAUGGACACCAAGCCACUAAGUAUGAGAGUUGCUGUCAGGAUGCACAAAGAGCAAACUUGCCCAGUGAAAAAUGGAGAAAGUGUGUCGGAACAAUGUUGUGAAAACCAGUUACAUUGAUGGAUACAGACAGGAUCCUGACUUCUCUGAAGGCCACUAUGUGAGCUCUGAUCCUUGACCAUUUUGGUUACUAAAAUCUUGUAAGGACCUCAUAAAUGAGCCCUUGAGAUUUAUCAUAAAUCAAUCAUAAACUCAAGGCGCCUUCCCUUGGCCACUCAAAGAAGCAGUUAUCCACUUGUUACAUAAAAAAACUAUGACUAUGACUAGACAAAAAUGAUGUGACCAAUUACCACCCAGUCUCUAAUCUGCCCUUUCUAGGUAAAAUGAUUAAAAGAGACCAGCUAUCUUCAGUGUAGAAAUUAUCUUGUGGCAUUCUACAGGAUUCAGUUGUAUCCCCCAUGUUAUUCAACAUUUAAGUAAAGCCUUUAGGAUACAUCAUUAGUAGCUAUGAAACUGGAUGUCAUCAAUAUACUGAUGGCAACUAACUCUGCAUCUCGCAAUCCAAAUCCCAUGAUGAUGCAGUAGACAUUUUGAAUCACUCUCUGUCAAGUGUGGUCAGAUGGCUGAAAGUGUCCAAAUUGAAACUGAACCCAGACAAGAUGGAAGCGAUGCCGGUUGGGACGGCAGAGAUCUUGAGGGACAGUGUGCUCCCCACUUUCAAUUGGAUUCAGUUGACCCUUGCAGACUCUGAAAAAAGCCAUGGGGUUAUAUUGGAUCCAGUGUUGCUGCUAGAAGAGCAACUUAACGCAACUGCAGAAAAAGUGCCUUCUACAAACUUAACUUAGCCCAGAAGAUGGCUCCCUACCUUGAUAUGACUGAUCUGGCUGUCUGGGUCCACAGCAUGGUACCAUCAAGACUUGACUACUCUAAUGCACGCUGUAUAAGUCUCCUCUCAAAGUCAACUCCCAUUCUGCAGUCACUCCAAUGGCUACCCAUCAGUUCCCAUGCUCAAUUCAACAUUACAUGCUCAAUUCAACAUUACAUACAAAUAACAACAACAACAUUCAAUUUAUAUACUGCCCUUCAGGACAACUUAACACCCACCCAGAGCAGUUUACAAAGCAUGUUAUUAUUAUCCUCACAACAAUCACCCUGUGAGGUGGGUGGGACUGAGAGAACUCUGAGAGAGCUGUGACUGACCCAAGGUCACCCAGCCAGCUCCAAGCGGAGGAGUGGGGAAUCAAAACCGGUUCUCCAGAUUAGAGUCCUGCCGCUUUUAAGCACUAGACCAAACUGGCCUUCAGAUCUACAAGACUGCCUGUCUCCCUAUGCUCCACCAUGACAUCUGUGCUCAUCUGAAUGGAGCCUUCUGCACGUGCCACCAUACAACUGGGCAAAAUCCUCAGCUGCCUGUACACAUGUAUUCUUCGUAGUGGCUCCCCCUUUGUGGAAUGGCCUGCCUGAAGACUUCAGGAAAGCUCCCACUCUCCUGGCUUUCCACAAACUAUGCAAAACUGAGAUAUUCAGAAGAGCUUACUUACACAGGUAGUAGGGCUGUGCUGUAAGGAAAUGGUUCAAAGAGAUGCUUUGAUAAAGAGAUAGGGAUGGUAGACUAUACUACUGCGCACUGUCUGUUAGUGAAAGCAUGUGCCUACUGGGUCAUUUCCAUGUCAUUUAAUAUGUUGUGUUUCAAUUGCUUAUGUUUGUUUCAGCUCUGUAACAGAUUCCUGCUUGUUUUCAAAUUCCUGCAAUCUAUAACCCACCGUGUUGUUCAUUGGAUGUCCCUGCUGUUGAUUGUAACGAAUUACACUGUGUAAUCUGCCUUGAGUCUCAGUGAGAAAAGCAGACUAUAAAUAAUGUCAAUAAAAUAAUAAAAUCAA